AAGCGGGAACACCAUUUGGAUACACGGCCACCUAGGACCGCUGCUCUUGGGAGCAGCAACUACAACGAUACAACUCCUCCUACUAUAGCCGGAACCCGAUCCCGGUUUGCCAGCUGACGGCACCCACAAUGGGUUUCCUCGGUGUGUACACGGCCCUUUACGACUACCACCCCCAGGCGCAAGGUGAAUUAGAGCUUCGCGAGGGUGACCUAUUAUACCUCCUCGAGAGCAACGACGAAGACGACUGGUGGAAGGCCAAGAAGAAGGCGGAGCAUGACGAUGAGGACGAGCCCGAGGGUCUUGUGCCUAAUAACUACAUAGAGGAGGCCCAACCAAUUCACUCAGCCAAAGCGCUUUACGACUACACACGCCAAACAGAUGAAGAAGUAUCCUUCUCGGAAGAUGCAGAAUUGGUGGUGUACGACACAUCGGACCCGGACUGGACCUUAGUCGGGGUCAGCGGAGAUUUCGGUUUCGCCCCGGCAAAUUAUAUCGAGAUUGUUGAACAGGCUGCCCACGCUCCCGCAACGUCGUCUGUGCCUUCUCCCCCCGCCGAAGCCGCACCUCCGACCCUCCCGCAGCGCCCAACGGCGGCACCGACGGAAGAGGCCAGUAGCCCUGCCUCAAGUUCGCCCAUCGACACCGUUCAGAACCCAGCCGCCGCGGCGAUUGCUGAUAUCAUUCACAAGCAGCAUGCAGAGCCCCAAGCCACCAGGGCAGUGCCGCCACCCCCGCAACCCCAGUCAUCGUAUGAGCCCGAACCAAGCUAUCAGCGGGAGCCUUCGCCCCCGCCGCCGGCUCUGCCACAGCGUCCCCCGUCCCAGCAGAUAUCUCCGCGUGUAGAGUCUCCCCGGUCCCCAGGUCUACCGCCACGUCCGCCACAGGUUACCGUGGCGCAGGAGCAGGAUGCCAAAGGACACGUGAAAGAGUCCCCACCAUACAACAGAGUCGGCCCAGCACCCCGUUCUCCUUCCGGCUAUCACAUUUACAAUGUGAACGAAAUGGUUGAGGUGAUGGGCAAAAGGAAGAAGAUGCCCACGACCCUGGGUAUCAACAUUGCCACGGGGACAAUCUUCAUCUCGCCGGAAGAUGAUGGAGAAGAGCAGGAAUGGACAGCUGACAAGCUGUCUCAUUACUCUAUUGAAGGGAAGCAUGUUUUUGUCGACAUGGUUCGCCCCAGCAAAAGCAUUGACUUUCACGCCGGCGCAAAAGACACUGCGCGGGAGAUUGUCGCUGCCCUUGGUGAAAUCUCCGGAGCCUAUCGCGCAGAGGGCUUAAGGGAAGUCAUUGCGGCUGGCUCCGGCGGUGGAGGACAGAAGAAGGGUCAAAUCCUCUAUGAUUUCGUGGCCCAGCAAGACGACGAAGUGGGCGUUAGUGUUGGCGAUGAAGUCAUCGUCCUUGACGACACCAAAUCUGAGGAAUGGUGGAUGGUCCGGCGCGUGAAGAAUGGAAAGGAGGGUGUAGUCCCAAGUAGCUAUGUCGAGAUCACCGGCUAUGCUUCCAGCAGCCAGCCAUCUGGUGUUGACUCGGGCUUGUCAGCAGUGGAGCGAAAUCGGCUCGAAGAGUCAAGGUUGGCCAAGGAGGCUUUGCGCAAGUCACGAACCGAUUCAAUUGAUUCGCCCCGUGCGGAGAAGCGUGACAGCCGAAGCAGCCAGAAAUCGAAGCCAGAUCCAAGCAAGACGAGACAAUGGACCGAUCGCACCAAAACCUUCACUGUAGAGGCCCAAUUUAUCGGCCUCCAGGAUGGUAAGAUCCAUCUCCACAAGAUGAACGGGGUCAAGAUUGCAGUCCCGAUCCCGAAAAUGUCUCUUCAGGACCUGGAAUACGUUGAAAAGAUGACUGGAGUGUCACUGGACGAGGAUAAGCCACUCUCCGACAUCAAACGUCGUUCAACCCAGCGAGAACCUGAAAAGCCUCGGCCUUUGGCCGAGAACAAGCGCCCUGAACUUGCUGGAGCUUCGUUCCAGCAGUCCGAUUAUGAUUGGUUCGAUUUCUUCCUGAAAGCAGGAGUCGGUCCACACCAAUGUGAGAGGUAUGCUCAGAAUUUCACCAAGGAUUCGAUGGAUGAGAGCAUUCUUCCGGAUAUUACCCCAGAAGUACUUCGCACGCUUGGCUUGAAGGAGGGCGAUAUUUUGCGGGUGAUGCGACACCUGGAUACCAUGUUCAGCCGAACCGGAGCCAAGUCUAAGCUGCGGAAUGUAAGCUUCGGUGGGGAGGAAGUUAUCAGCAAUGGCGAGGACGGUGGUGGUCUCUUCGCGGGUCCGGGAGGCGUCCUGCGCAACAACACCCGCAAGGGCAGACCAGCGCCGGCCGUCCAGACUGGAGAUGUGGUUGACCCCAAGGCUUUCGAGCAGAAGGGAGACUCCGACGACGCAGAGCCAAAAGAAGCCUCUCCAACGUCUGCGGCCUCGGAAAAGCCCGUCCAACGCGGUUUUGAUGACGAUGCAUGGGAGGUUAAGCAGCCGAAGCAGACUGCUCCCGCGCCAGCUCCUGCUCCUGCUCCUGCGGCUCCUGCCGCUGCAACACCGACUUCCCCCCCUGCUGCCGCCUCGCCUUCGACUACGCAGCCAUCACAGCAGCAGCUUACCGGGGCGAUGGCAGACUUAUCUGUGCUUCACCCUCCCCUACAGCCAACCCCUACCCAACCGACUCCCGCUUCACAACCUCCGCCAGCCUCCCAGGCCCCCGUUAUUCAGCCUCAGCCGACUGCUGUACCCGCGCCUGCCCCCCAACAGCCACAGCAAACGGGUGCUACCCCCGGCUUCUUCUCUCAACUGGGCCAACCGGCACAGCAGCCGCUCCAGAACCCCGCGCAGGGAUUCAGUCCCCAGGCCACUGGUUUCCAACAAGCUUCCAGGCCACGUCCGCAGCCUCCUCAGACUAUGGGACAAAAUUCGCUGCUUCCCCCUCCGCCUCAGCGACCGCUUUCUGCACCUCAGAAUUUCCCUCAACAGCAAAGCUCCUUCGGUCUCCCUCCACUGCAGCCUCAGCUGACAGGGCUACCUCAAGCGGGGCCCCCACUUGCUGCUCCAGGUCAGAGUCUGGGCGAACUCAACCAGCAGCGAUUCCAGCAACCACUCCAACCACAGCCCACCGCGUUCGUGCCUCAAAAUCAGUUCCAAAAUGGCCUGAUGCCACAACCCACUGGAUUUCAACCACAGUCUCAAUUUGGAAUCCAGCAACAACAGCAACAGCAGGCUGGCUUCCAGGGACUUGCACCUCAACCUACUGGCUUCGGUUUCCAAGCACAGCCGCCACAACCAAUGCAAACCGGCAUUAACUCCGUUCUUCCCCAACCCCUGCAGCCCCAACCCACCGGUAUGAAUGGUGCCGGUAGCAUGCCUUACACCACGUCACCACCGCCAAUCCCACCAAUUCCUCAGCAGCCAACAGCUGCACCUCUGACCCCACAGAAGACUGGGCCGGCACCCCCAAUCAGGUUUGGUGUCAAACAUGACGCACCCAAGAAGCUCGCUCCCCAGCCGACAGGUCUCCGGGCUAAUCUUGCACAAGCCACGCCCACGAAUCCGUUCGGUUUCUAAUCUGAACAUGUAUAUAAUCUCUUUUUUUUUUUUUGCUUUUGCGGCACAUGACACAUAUCUUAUACAGUAUUUACUCUUCACAUCGGCGGUUCCACACGCUAACCAUAAAUAAUCGCGUCUUCCUACCUCUGACGCCGUAAUGCGUACUAAAACUUCUU